GGGAGGAGCCAGCGCAGCCGGAGAGGGGCUCAUUACAAAAUGUGUGUCCCCGACUAACGCGACGUUAUUUUGCCCCUCGGUCCGGUGCCGUCCCGCGUUGUCUCCACCCGGAACUUUAAAACACAAUUUAAAUGGACUCAAAAACGAGUCGAAGCCGUUCGCAGUUGUGACCAACGUUCUGCUCCCCCCCCCCCCCCCCCCACCACCUCCUCCUCCGUCGAGCCUCCUGGUCCGUCGGAACCCCGAAGCAGAGGAUGGAUGCAAUCUUCUCGGUCGUCGUCGUCGUCGUCCUCGCCGCCGCGCUGCCCCCUUCGACAGCCUCCCUGGAGCCCUACGACCUUCUCUACGACAGCGCGGUGCGUUCGUUUUACAACAGCGACUACGCGGCCGUGGCGCGCGACAUGGAGGGAGCCCUGCGCGCCCACAAGGAGGUCCGCAGCGCCAGGGUCCGGUGCCGGCUGAGCUGCCAGGACCAGCAUCCCUUCGACGCGACCUUCUCGGACCUGCGCUUCCCCGACGCGGUGCUGCGCAGAGCGGCGUGCAUGGACGCGUGCAUCGAGGAGAGGAUCGGCACUCAGUCCAUGCACAAAGUCGGCGAGGAUGUGGUGCAGGACUUCCACCGCAGGAUCCCGUACAACUAUCUCCAAAUGGCGUAUCACAAGCUGAAGCAGCCUGACCAGGCGGCGGCGGCGGCUCACACUUAUUUCCAGGCCAACCCGGAACACGUAGAGAUGGGUCAGAACCUGGAGCAGUACAAAGACCAGCCGGGUGUUCAGGAGGAGCACUUUGUGGACCGAGAAGCUCGGCCCCACCAGCGUUCCUUCGCCGCGGCGGUGGGUUUGUACGAUGAAGGAGACCACAAAGGAGCCAUUGCCCUGUUUGAGGAGGCUUUGACGGAGUACUAUAAAGCCGACUCGGAGUGCCGGGCCUUGUGUCAGUGGCCGCAGAGGUUCGAUGGCCACGACCACCUCCGCUACCGUUACAGCCUCUACGAAAUCAUAUCAGAUCACUUCACUCAGGUGCUGCACUGUGAACACGAGUGCGUUCGAGACCUCGCCACCCGGCCUGGCCGCCUCUCGCCGAUGGAGAACUACCUGCCUCAGCACUACGACUACCUUCAGUUUGCCUACUUCCACGAGGACAAUCUGGAGGAGGCGCUGCGGUGCUCCCUGACCUACCUGUUGUUCCACCAGGGAGAGGAGUCCAUGACGGACAACGUGGAUUACUACAGAGAGAUACUGGGACAUGAUGCCAAGCCAAGAGAGGAAGCUGCUUGGUACCUGAGGAGGCACAAACAGGAACUGGAGCUCCUUCUGAUUGGCAGUGAUACCAUGGGAGUGGAAUUUACAGAAGGGAAUUACUGGAGCAGCACAGGUGGAAGAGAGGACUCCAACAGGAUUCCCUCCGGGACAGAUGGCUGGAUGGAGUACGUUCCCAUCGCAGAAAAGAAGAACGUCUCCUUUGCUGCUCAGCAGCAACUCAAAGAAGGCGGCCCCUUGGUGUAUGAAGACGUGCAGCUGGUGCAGAACUCUGCGGCCCUGAACGGGACCCAGCGGGUGCUGCUGGAUCACGUCAUAUCCGAGGAGGAGUGUUCAGACCUCAGGCGCCUGGCUCACGCCGUCACCAUUGCGGGAGACGGCUACAGAGGGAGGAUGUCGCCACACACCCCCAAUGAGAAGUUUGAAGGGGCCACUGUACUCAAAACCCUGCAGUUCGGAUACGAGGGCAGAGUGCCGAUGAGGAGCGCCCGCCUGUUCUACGACAUCAGCGAGCGAGCGAGACGGGUCAUCGAGUCUUACUUCCUGCUCAACUCCACCCUGCACUUCUCCUACACGCACCUGGUGUGCCGGACAGCCAUCACAGGCCAGCAAGAUCACAGGAACGACCUGAGCCACCCGAUCCACGCCGACAACUGUCUGCUGGACCCCGAGGCCCACGAGUGCUGGAAGGAACCUCCCGCGUACACGUACAGAGACUUCAGUGCACUGUUAUAUCUAAAUGGAGAUUUUGAAGGAGGGGAGUUCAUAUUCACAGAAAUGGAUGCCAAAACCGUCACGGCAUCAGUGAAGCCCUUAUGCGGCCGGAUGGUGGGUUUCUCAUCCGGGGGGGAGAAUCCACACGGCGUGAAGGCCGUCACCAGCGGGCAGCGGUGUGCCGUCGCUCUGUGGUUCACCCUCGACCCGCUCUUCAGAGAACUGGAGAGACUGCAGGCAGACGAGGUGAUCCAGGCGCUGGACACGGAGUCCACGUGGGGCGGAGGCCUCAACAUCAACCCCAAAGAUGAACUGUAGAAGCUGAAGCAAAACGCCUUCAGUCCAAUACGCUUCAAUCUAAUCCUUCUAUAUUUUAACUAUUUAUUGAACCGACCUUUUUGGAUAAGAACUUUUCUAUUUUUGUAGUGUUUGAAGUGCCAGAUUAAUAAUAUUGUCACUUUUUGUGCUCUCAGUGGCGUUUUUUUGAAUGUUUCUCUACACACAAGUACUUGAGUUUAGCUUUUGUUCUGUGUUUCCCUCCAAGGACGGCUCCUAAAAGUCCAGUUCACUUUGCUUUGUGGUACCUGAUUCAUGUAAGACUGAUCAUAGCUGUAAUCUCACUCAACUGUGAAGGAUCCAGAGAAGAACGGUAGUUAACAUUUCUUUGUUGUUGCUUUGAGUUGUACUUGUUUGUUGUCCUGGGAAACGCAUCCAAACACAAAGUGCAAUUAUUAAAGACGCUUUAGUUUCAGUGGUCAGUAGUUCAAAAAUAAUUCACAAAGGGUUCUGUUACAUACUACGUUUUACAUGUUAUUAUUAUUGGCGUAAGCGGAGCACCCGAUACCCAAAUAUCCCUCAUACAACGAGUUAAAGAAAGAGAAGUGUUCUAAUAUGGUGAAUAUUUAAUGACCAUGCACUCUGUCCUGAGUCUUCGUCUUCUGUCGGCGACUUGGUCCAGUUGUCCUUUUUGUUGUUGGCGCAGUGAAUCCCUCCCCUCUUUACUGGGCACAGCGAGCAGAAUAUACUGGGAACACGCUGUUUAUGUGUUACUUUUAUUUAUGCAAUUUUAAUAAUAGACAGCUGCUGUCGUAACUGUCUGCAUUUUAUAUGGGGAACUUUUUUUCAUAAAAGAGGUCAAUCAUUCCUGUUUCAAGGAAUACGUAUUUGUAUCUAUCUUUUAUUUCUUUAUAUUUGUGUUGAUGAUACAGGUGAUAGGCAGAGUCUUGCACUGUAAAUCCGAUGGAAAGAGACGUUUUUUGUUUAAUUAAAACUGUUAACCAGUACGUCAUCCUGUCACGUUAUGAGGUUGGCCACUUUUGUUUCACUGAUAUUUAAUUCUGAAAUGCUGUAACAUGCCAGAGUGUAUGUGUACGUGCCUAUUAAAAACAUGAAAUUUCACAUCUA